CGCGUGCCGUCCGCCCGUAUCGUUGCCUCCGCCUCUCCUAGGGUUUUAGCCCGCACCCUCCCCUCCCCUCCCCUCCCGCCGCACCCCUCCGCCUCCUCCUCCUCCUCCCUCACGCAUCGCUCGCCGCCCUAAUCCCCUUCCACCACCAGCCCGGCCGGGGGGGCGAACGAGCGGCGGCGCGGGCGGGGAUGGACCGGUACCAGAGGGUGGAGCGGCCCCGGCCCGAGUCGGCCAUCGAGGAGAACGAGAUCCGCAUCACCGCGCAGGGGCUCAUCCGCAACUAUGUCUCCUACGCCACGUCCCUCCUCCAGGAUCGGAGGAUUAAAGAGAUUGUUCUGAAGGCCAUGGGACAGGCAAUCAGCAAGUCUGUUGCUGUUGCAGAGAUUAUUAAGAAAAGAGUCCCUGGGCUUUAUCAAGAUACCAACAUCAGUUCUGUCAGCAUUACUGAUGUCUGGGAACCUAUCGAAGAAGGCCUUGUUCCACUAGAGAUGACUCGUCAUGUUUCGAUGAUUUCAAUUACAUUAUCUCCCAGAGACCUGGACAAGAACUCUCCUGGGUAUCAAACCCCAGUUUAUGUUGAACAGCCCAGGCAACAGCAACGCCUCCAGCAGGCACCACCACCGCAGCGCCAAGUUCGCCAACCACCACCUGAUUAUGAAGACUCCUACGUCCGGGGUCGUGGCAGAGGAAGGGGUCGUGGACGUGGAAGGGGUUGGGGUAGAGGAGGCUAUGGUGGUUAUGGCGGAUAUGCUAACAAUCAAGGUGGGUACAACCAAGGUGGUGGGUACUACGAUAACCAGGGAGGAUAUGGUGGCUAUGAUAACCAGGGAGGGUAUGGUGGCUAUGAUAAUCAAGGGGGGUAUGGUGGUGGUGGUGGUGGUGGUGGCGGUGGAUAUGGCUACAACCAAGGCAGAUAUGGAAACUAUCAAGAAAAUGGUGGAUAUAACCGAGGACGGGGUGGCAUGCGUGGGAGGGGCAAUUGGAAUUACCGUGGUGGGUAUGAGCGUGGCAGAGGUGGCGGUUUCCCUGGUGGAAGGGGAUAUGGUGGUCGUGGACGGGGAAGAAUGGGCGGCCGUGGUGGACGAGGAAACUGAGGCGCAAUGAGCAGGUGGUGGGAGAAUCCAGGGGCUACUGGUGAUAUUAAGUGCAUGCUUUAUUAAUAUCAGGGGAAGAAGUUAUCUAUUAUGUGUUGGGAGCCCUCAUACUUGGUUUGUUGUUUUCCCUGAGCGCGAGGUUUGGUUGUGAGCAUAAUGCCUUUUCCAAGGUAUCCUUUAGUCUUUCAAUGUUCAGGUAUCAUCCUGUAGUCAUCAGCUUUCAGUGUUGGUUAUCAGCAGCUGGCGAGUUUUGCUUGUUUUCCCAAUGGUCAAUGAAUGCUGAGCAUGCCUCUAUGUUCAUGCCCGUCGUAUUUGCCUCAUGAAACUCUCUUAUUAAAUUGUUCAUUCUAUUUGUGCAGUUUU